GUUAAACCUUUUUUUUUCUAUUUUAACUCCAUAUUUAUCCAAUCCGAAUGAAAUAAUAAUGAAAAGAUUUAAAGUAAUUUACAAAUACUAAUCAUUAAUACUUUGUAAUAAAUGUCGGCGCUAACUACUGUACGAUGUGAAAUUAAAUAAGGCGGAACAAAGCUACAAAAAAAAAAAAAAAAAAAAAAAAACCCGGGGUCCUUACAGGGGAUGCAUGUUGAAGCGAUGUACUGGAUUUUAUAGUGCUUUAUUUACAACGCGCACGAGCGCGGCCGUGACCGAAAUCAUUUCCGUGUUUGUGUUUUCGUUUUUUUCCGUUUGUUUGUGAGGAUUUUAGAGAUGUAAAUAAUUCACAUACGAGUUACAGCAAGCGAGACUGAAACUUUCCCGUUUCAUCCACAACUGGUUCUUCUUAAAAUCUCUGCGAUUCCCUGGAGGAACAAGCCCAAGAACUAUUCCUGUUCCGGUGAUUUCCUGCGUGAUGGAUGGCGAGGCUCUGGUUCACAGCUGGCCGUGUUCCUACUACGUUAACGGCGAUAAGCGCUGGGUGAGCGGUCGUCUCACUCUGACCCCAAGCGCCGUCCGCUUCAGCUCGUCGUCAGGCGUAACCGGAGGUCUCCUGCUUCCGCUGUCCCGCGUGACACACAUCAACACCGAGUCGUCCUGCUUCAUCUUCAGCGCCGUGACGCUGCAGGAGCGCGACGCCCACAAGCACUGGUUCUCAUCUCUGAAACCGAGCGCCAGUGCCGUGUUCCACGUCCUACAGCACUUCUGGAGAGAGUCGCUCGCCGUGCGCACACACUCCACACACACUCCGCUCAGCCGCGGUCAGAGACUCAUCAGCAUGGUGAGCGACGCCCAACACACACUCACACACACCGGCAGGGCACUGAGUCAGCAGGGAGAACAGUUCCACCACAUGAUCCACCAGAUUGACAAGAUGGAGUCCGACCUGGGCGUGGCCGAUAAGUUGCUGUCAGAGCUGGAGUCUCCUGCGUGGUGGCCGUUUGGAAAGUUGCCCUGGAACAGGAAGUGUCAACUGGAACUGGGUAAAGCUGAAGCUACAGCUCCACCCCCUGAAGGCGCCGCGAGAUCGUCUAAAGAGAUCCUGAGUGUGCCGGUUGUGUUUUACCGCGGCGGUGACAUAAACGCCGCAGAUGUGAAUUCCGGUGCUCUGGUGUUGCUAGUCUCCGCCCUGGAGGUGUUCAAUGCUAAUGGCCGACUCAUUCAUCGCUUCCACAAACAGGAAGUGGACGAGAUCCGUGUGCACGGCGUUUGUGACAUCAGCGUGCGACAACGCCACAUCGGAAAGCCAGACGUGUGUUUCAGGUUGUUGUCGGCCAAGAUGGCGGAGGCACUGUGCGUCCUUGAGAUGCAGUACAAAAAGAAAGUGGAGUUUGCCAGGGAUUACACAGGGUUCCAGGCCACACCCAGUGAUGACAUCACACCAGGGAGCGCGGCCUUCUGGGGCGCCGGAGCGAGUUCAGACUCAGAUGUUCCUGUACAGGUUCCUGCAGGAGAUCUGACUCCAGUUCAGCUCCAUGUUCAGCAGAAGACAGUGACUCAGGAGGAGGCACAGGAGCUCAAACAGAUGCUGCUGCAGUUGAAGUCUCUGGCUCUGGAGGCGGACAGUGAGCUGCAGCGUCAGGAUGAAGAUCUGGACGUGUUGAUGUCCUCCAGUGACCGCAGCACCGCCACCAUCAACACACACACACGUAGGAUGAGGAAACUGCUCUGACCUUCUUCAUCAUCAUCAUCACCACCACCACCACCAUCAUCAUCAUCAGUAACCCGACACGAGCACGUCCUACAGGACUUCCUCCUGCAUGACUCUGUCUCCCCCUGCAGGCAGUGAGAUGGACAGGUGAACUUCUCCAGACUGACCUCUAUAUAAAGAGAUUUCCUGCACGUCUGCUAUGAAACAAACACACACACACACACACACGCACACACAGCUGAUUCAUUUACAUAAUUUUGUGCAAUCUGUAAAUGCUGUACAUAUAUUGUGUGAUGUUUUAAUCAUGUUCCUUAUUUUUAUUUAUUUAUUGUCCUGAUGGAGUUUGUGAGUUAAACCUGACUGAAAUAAACACACAAUGACCAGUAAAGUAGCACAGCAACACAUCUCCAUCAUCCGCCAUCACACAUAACGUGUAGGUCCUUAUCUAUAACCUCUUCACUGUGUGUGUGUGUGUGUGUGUUUGUGUGUGUGUGUGCGCGCACAUAAGGUAGGGAAUGAUAGAGUGCCCACCGUUUAGUUACUAACUAGUUAAACAUCAUUUACAAACUGAAGUCAAGAAAAAACUACUUUAUUAACUGCAGGGGGAGCAGAACUAAAAUAUUAUUAGGGAAAUGGGGAAAAGGAAAUGGGGAAUAGUGAUUGGGGUAAAAAGGGAAGUAGAGAAUAAGGAGACCGUGUCCAUGUGCAUGUCAUAUUAAUCAUGAACGCUUCACUUUAUUCUUUAACACUCAGUAUAGAAUGUUUACUCAUGUUGUUCUACAUGAAUGAUUCUAUCAUGUCCGUUUAUCUUCUUGUUUAAAUCCCACUUUACCAUCAGCAGCCAAUCAGAACGUCUUCAUGACUCAGCACGAUUAGCACACACAUACGCUAGUCCUGCGCUAGCCACGCUGUUUCAUUCAGUUUACAGAAUGUUCCAGUGAAGGAGUCUAAUGUCUUUUCUACAUCAGAAACACUAUGCUAGCUGGCGUUCCUGUUAUUAGCACGCGUUUUAUCAUAAAGGAAUGUUCUCUUUGAUUUAGUCAUGUUAUUAUCGAUACCUUUAGAUUUCCAGACCUUUACCUGUAUCAGCGAUUACCAUGGCAAAAUGGUCUCGCACAAUUCUGCUCGUGUUGCAGGUCACGAUGGUUAAAAGGGGCGGGGUUUACAGUUGUAUCUUUUAUUUUUCAUUACGUUUGUAUUUGUAUGAAAUGAUUGAAAUCCACCCACACCCAUGCUGCUUGUUCAGAUGAAAAUGUAUGAGAUGAGAUUGCCAUGGCAACGUCCUUGAAGUAAAGCAUCUCACUGUACUGUUACACCUGUAUGUAUAACGAAAAUAAAGGCCAUGUUUGUAUGUAAUUAAAUACGAACACUAUUUAUUCACCGUA